CAGACGGCCAUUUGUGGCGGCGCUGGAGGCUGCGUUCGGCAGGCGCUGCGGAGACGCGUAGAGGAGCGCGCCCCCCGGCCGCUGCCGCCCCUGGCCCGUGCCGUCACCCCGCUUCUCCGCGCCUCGGGCGGUACCAAGCCAUCCCCCAGCGCCGCGCUACCGCGCUGACCGGCCCUCCCGACACCUUCCGGUACCCGGGACCCCAGCGCGGCCGCUCGCCCGCAGCCCGCCGGCCGCACACGUCCCCAGCCGGGCCUAGGGCGGGCGGCAGCGGCGGCUCGGCGCGGUCAGGCUGGGCUCUGCGGCGUCCCCAUGGCCGCGGCCGGCUGGCGGGACGGCUCCGGCCAGGAGAAGUACCGGCUCGUGGUGGUCGGCGGGGGUGGCGUGGGCAAGUCGGCGCUCACCAUCCAGUUCAUCCAGUCCUAUUUUGUAACGGAUUAUGAUCCAACCAUUGAAGAUUCUUAUACAAAGCAGUGUGUGAUAGAUGACAGAGCAGCCCGGCUAGAUAUUUUGGAUACAGCAGGACAAGAAGAGUUUGGAGCCAUGAGAGAACAGUAUAUGAGGACUGGCGAGGGCUUCCUGUUGGUCUUUUCAGUCACAGAUAGAGGCAGUUUUGAAGAAAUCUAUAAGUUUCAAAGACAAAUUCUCAGAGUAAAGGAUCGUGAUGAGUUCCCAAUGAUUUUAAUUGGUAAUAAAGCAGAUCUGGAUCAUCAAAGACAGGUAACACAGGAAGAAGGACAGCAGUUAGCACGGCAACUUAAGGUCACAUACAUGGAGGCAUCAGCAAAGAUUAGGAUGAAUGUAGAUCAAGCUUUCCAUGAACUUGUCCGGGUUAUCAGGAAAUUUCAAGAGCAGGAAUGUCCUCCUUCACCAGAACCAACACGCAAAGAAAAAGACAAGAAAGGCUGCCAUUGUGUCAUUUUCUAGAAUCCCUUCAGUUUUAGCUACCAACUGCCAGGAAAAGCCCUCAUCUCCUCCUCCUCUCCUCGGUUUACAUCUUGUUGGUACCUUUCUAGCCUUAGACAAAUGAUCACCAUGUUAGCCUUAGACCAAGAAGCUGGCUAGUUCUUUCUGUGAAGCUAAUACAAUGGUCAUUUCCAGACAAAUUUAAAGGAAACACUAAGGCUGCUUCAAAGAUUAUCUGAUUCCUUUAAAAUAUAUGUCUAUAGACACAGACAUGCUCUUUUUUUAAGUGCUUACAUUUUAAUAGAGAUGAAUCAGUUUUGGAAUCUAAGCUGUUUGCCAAGCUGAAGCCACAGGUUGUGAAAUUUUUAACUUUUGGAAUCAUACUGCCUACUGUUACUCUAAAUAGAAAUAUAGGGAUUUUUUUUUUAAUGUGAAUUUUUGCCUAUCUUUAAACAUUUCAUUGUCAGCCUUUAUUAAUCUUAAAUACACUGAAUUGAAUCUACAAAAGUGAACCAUCUCAGACCUUUACUGAUACUACAACUUUUGUUUUCUGGUGGCCAAAAUACCAAAAUGCCUAUUGUAUUUAUGGAUUAAAAACUGCUCAUAAAAACCUGUGUUAUUACUCCUACUCUUGAAGAUGAUAAUAUUCUACGUGGUCAGAUAUUUGGACUCAUUCAGGACUUAGACAUUUCAGUGUACUUGAUUUUUUAAUUUAACUCUUUUUCACAGCCAUGCUAAGGGUAAAAAUGAAUAAUUUCUGUUUGUCUUCCUUUUCGAGUAUUUCUGGAUAAGGGAUUCAAAAAACUAAAACUGUUUUUGUUUGAUGUAAUAUAAAAUAUGGAAUUGAUCUUUCCAGGGUCAGAGAUGAUUAAUGUUUUUGCUAUAUACUUUUAUACAUUAUUUUCUUAUCAAACUAGUUAACAAGUAUUUUUAUAUGUUUGUAUGCAGAUAUGCUUUCGCAGCAUACCUUGUGUAUAUGUAAAGAUAAGUAUUUAAUUCUCACUGUUCACUUUUAACUGACAAAGAAAAACAAGUGGAAACUACAGAAACUGUGGUAGAACUUUUACUUGCUGGUCUGGUCUUGGUUGUACCCAUCUUUGGCCAGUCACAUAUCUACUCAAGAAAACUUCCCAAUAGAGUACAACAGGGUGAGACUCUGAAAUCACUUUCAAUAUUCCCUCCUAGAUAUUGAUUGUUAUAUGAAGUAUUAAGUGUAAGCUUUUAAUGGAUAAUUAGUAUAACUGUGGAUGGCAUCUGAUUUUGUUUUUAAUUCUGUGGAUUGUGUUUAAGCAAUUCAAUAGUAUGUUCCUGAUUUUGAGAUGCUAAGUGGUAUUGCACAGUUGUCACUUUAUCAAGUGUGUACAACAGUCCCAUGAAGUUUAUAGAACAUACCCUUGUAUAGCUUCAGGUGCUAGAAUUAAAAUUGAUCUGUUAUCACAAGA